ACCGAGCUUAUGUGGCCUUCCCAGACUUUUUCCGUGAUUCAACUGCCACAUGGUGGAAAAAGGAAAUUCAAGAACUCUACAUGAACCCACAGGCACCAGAGAAGAGCUUGAAGUUUGAUGGCCUAUGGAUUGAUAUGAAUGAACCUUCCAGUUUUGUGAAUGGGGCAGUUCCUUCAGGCUGCAGUGAUGCUACUCUGAACCGUCCACCCUACAUGCCACAUUUGGAAGCCAGGGACAGGGGCCUGAGCAGCAAGACACUGUGCAUGGAGAGUGAGCAGAUGCUUCCAGAUGGCUCCCGGUUGCGGCAUUAUGAUGUGCACAGCCUUUAUGGGUGGUCCCAGACCAGACCCACCUAUGA